CAAGUCAUCAUCACCUAUUUAAUUAUUUAUUACAAAAUGGGUUUCAAACUAAAAUUGCAGACAGAAGAGAAGACAUUGAACGAUGAAGAUGAAAAAGUCGAGCUCUAUUAUCUGCUACUUCUUCAUCUUCUUUGCUUCGCUACUUCGAACUUCCACUGCUCAAAAUACUACUACUACAGACCCAGCUGAAGUGAGAGCAUUGAACGAGAUAUUUGAAGGAUGGAGUACACAAUCGGUGAAUUUGUGGAACAUAAGCGGAGAUCCAUGCACAGGAACAGCCAUUGAUGAUAGUGAUUUGGAAGCUGCUGCCAAUAAUCCUGCUAUUAAAUGUGAUUGUACCUUCGACAAUAAUUCUACUUGCCACAUCAUCAGACUGAGAGUGUAUGGACUGAGUAAACCAGGCAUAAUUCCAGAAACACUUCUGGUGUUGAAACGCCUUGUCUUUCUAAAACUUGACAAAAAUUACUUCACUGGUCCGUUACCGGCAUUUAUUGGAAAUUUAACUGCAUUAAGAACUCUGUCAGUUGCCCACAACGUACUUUCAGGUCCCAUCCCAAAGGAAAUCGGAAACCUUAAAGAUCUAACAUUGUUGUCACUUGGUGUAAACAAUUUCUCUGGAUCGCUUCCUCCUGAAAUAGGAAAUUUGGUCAAACUGGAACAAUUGUAUAUUAAUAGUUGUGGUCUAGAUGGUGAAAUUCCUCCUACAUUUGCCAAUCUCACAAGGCUACGAAUCCUGUGGGCAUUCGAUAAUCCUUUCACCGGGAAGAUACCAGACUUCAUUGGAACUUGGACAGGGCUUACAACCUUGAGAUUGCAAGGGAAUUCUUUUGAAGGUCCAAUACCAUCCAGUUUUUCUAAUUUGGUCUCAAUGAGCUCUUUGCGAAUCAGUGAUUUACAAAAUAUGAGUUCUACUCUUGAUUUUAUCAAGAAUUUGAAAAAUUUGACAGACUUGAAUUUAAGGAAUGCAUUGAUCACUGAUACUAUUCCACCUGACAUUGGAGAAUACCAAAAUUUAAAAACCAUGGAUCUGGGCUUCAACAGUUUAACUGGCCAAAUUCCAAGUGCUCUGUUCAGUUUGAGUUCUCUCGAAUUCUUAUUUCUUGGAAAUAACAGCCUAUCUGGAACCCUUCCUAAUGCAAAAAGUGAUGCUCUUCAAGCUAUAGAUUUAUCUUACAAUAAUCUUACAGGAAGAUUUCCCUCAUGGGUAAACUCAAAUCUACAACUGAAUUUAGUAGCCAACAACUUUGUAUUCGACCGCUCAAACAUAAGUGUUAUUCCUGGGUUGAACUGUCUGCAGAGAAACUUUCCUUGCAACAGAAAUGCUCCACGCUAUGCAAAUUUUUCAAUAAAGAGCGGUGGCCCAGAGAUGAGAGCUGAUGGCAUUCUGUUUGAGGCCGAAAAUUCAUCUCUAGGUGCGGCAUCAAUCCGUGUAAUUGAUACUCAAAAGUGGGCAGUCAGUAUUACAGGCUUCUAUGCUGAUAGACAGAAUCCAACGUAUAUUGAAGAUACACAAUCAAUGGUGACCAGCACCAACACUCCAGAACUAUAUCUGACUUCAAGGAUCUCCCCUGGUUCAAUUAGAUACUAUGGCCUUGGCCUCGAAAAUGGACCUUACCUCAUAACUCUAUUAUUUGCGGAAACCGCAUUAAAACACAGAAGCUCGCAAAUUUGGGAGAGCAAUGGGAGGCGUGUUUUUGACAUUUAUAUACAGGGAAGACGCCUAUUGCAGGACUUUGACAUAUCAAAGGACGCAGGUGGAGUUGAGCGUGCAGUUACUAAGAGAUUUAAUGCUACUGUUACAGAGAACUAUCUUGAAAUUCACUUGUUUUGGGCUGGUAAGGGGACCUGCUGCACGCCCAUACAAGGCUAUUAUGGACCAAUCAUUUCAGCACUAAGUGUGGUUUCAGCAUUCAGACCCUCAGUUAGUGGAAUACCGCCUAAUACUCGGAAGAAGAGCAGUCAAGGGUUGAUUGUUGGUAUUUCUGUCCCUGCUGGAGUCCUGAGCUUCAUACUGAUAUUUUUAAUUCUUUACAUCAGAAGGAAAGCACGCCGUCUUGAUGAGGAAGUGCUCUCCGGAAUAGGCUCUAGACCUAUCACUUUUAGUUACUCCGAAUUAAGAACGGCCACAAAAGGCUUCAGCCCUUCCAAUCAGCUAGGAGAAGGGGGAUACGGACCUGUAUUCAAGGGCGCACUUUCUGAUGGAAGGGAAGUUGCAGUGAAGCAACUUUCCCUGGCAUCUCACCAGGGGAAAGAUCAAUUUAUAACCGAGAUAGCUACAAUAUCUGCAGUGCAGCAUCGCAAUCUUGUAAGACUGUAUGGCUGCUGCAUUGAAGGAAAUAGGCGCCUCUUGGUUUAUGAAUAUCUCAAAAACAAGAGUCUCGAUCAGGCACUCUUUGGAGAUACUAGCUUGCAUCUUGACUGGCCAACCCGAUUCAGUAUAUGCUUAGGAACCGCUAGAGGGCUAGCGUACCUUCAUGAGGAGUCAAGGCCAAGGAUUGUGCAUCGAGAUGUGAAGGCAAGUAACAUUUUGCUUGAUGACGAACUCUGCCCCAAAUUAUCAGAUUUUGGAUUGGCAAAGCUUUAUGAUGAAAAGAAAACUCACAUCAGCACUCGAAUUGCCGGAACAAUUGGCUAUAUGGCACCAGAGUAUGCAAUGCGUGGACACCUAACGGAGAAAGCUGAUGUUUUCAGCUUUGGUGUUCUUGCUCUCGAAGUCCUUAGCGGAUUACCUAACUAUGAGAAUAGCUCAGAAGAGAAAAGGAUAUAUCUUCUUGGAUGGGCAUGGAAUCUUUAUGAAAAUAAUCAAAGUUUGGGACUGCUGGAUCCAAGAUUAAUGGGUUUUGAUGAAAAUGAAGCUCUUCGACUCAUAAGAGUCGCCCUCUUGUGCACCCAGGCAUCACCCCUAACGCGACCAGCAAUGUCGCGUGUUGUGGCAAUGCUUACUGGAGACAUUGAAGUUAGUGUUGUUACGUCGAAGCCAAGCUAUUUAAGUGACUGGGAUCUCAAGGAUUUGCAUUGUGGUAUCUCUUAUGGCUAUGGAGAUACUAAAACAUCCGCCGGAUCUCUGAUUAGUAUUGACAGGAAUCUUGGAAGCCGUCGUGACCAUCCAAUCAAUGCGAUUAAGCGGGAAGAAGUUGAAAUAGCAAACACUCCUCUAAAUGUUACAGAACCGAGGCUUAGUGACCUCAUUGGCACAGGAAGAUGAGUGUCAUUUUCACGUCUAUGCCAUUCAUAUAGGUCUGCUAAAAUUCAUGAGCUGGUCCUUGAAAAGUUAUAAGUUAAAUUCAGUUCAUCAUGUAGAAUUAUAAACUUGUUAAUCAUAAUCUAACACGUGGCCUAAUUGGAUUACGUCGCCAAUUAAUAGAAUCCACAUCAAUUGGUGAUUGAGUUAACUUGUUUUAAUUAGAUUUGAUGCGGCCGAUCGGCGAUUUUAACUCAAUUAUGUCACCGUGUUUGAUUAUGAAUGGACAUGUAAUAAUCUUACAUGGUGAAAUGAGUUCACUUUUUUAUAGUAUUGGAACAAAUUGAGAAAAGAAAAUAUUAUAGAACUGGGAGAAAAAAUUCACUAUACAAAAUAAAUUACACAAUAGGAAAAAUGAUUGUACAAAGUAAACUACACAUAGGAAUAUUUUUGUUACAUCAUGUUUUAAAAUUCAAUUUCAAGCAAGAGAAGACCCAUUUGGUGUAGAGAAUGUUAUUGUACUGGUUGCACCUUAGAAGAGUAAUUAAAUACAAUUCAAAAUAAACAAGUGUAUAAUUGUUGAUUAAUUUAAUCUUUUAUGAAAAGUAGCUUUUUAUUUUUA